AUGCUGCUCUUUAACUGGAUUUGCAUCGUGAUUAUUGGCAUAGCAAUGGAUAUGCAGUUGCUGAUGAUUCCUCUGAUCAUGUCAGUACUUUAUGUUUGGGCCCAGCUGAAUAGAGACAUGAUUGUGUCAUUUUGGUUUGGAACACGAUUUAAGGCCUGGUACUUACCCUGGGUUAUCCUUGGAUUCAACUAUAUCAUUGGAGGCUUGGUGAUCAAUGAACUAAUUAGAAAUCUUGUUGGACACCUUUAUUUCUUCCUAAUGUUCAGAUACUCGAUGGACUUGGGAGGAAGAAAUUUUCUCUCCACACCUCAGUUUUUGUACUGCUGGCUGCCCAGCAGGAGAGGAGGUGUGUCCGACUUUGGUGUGCCACCUGCUAGCGUGAGGCGAGCUGCUGAUCAGAAUGCUGGAGGUGGAAGACACAACUGGGGCCAGGGGUUCCGGCUUGGCACGGACCAUGAAGGCACGGUCCCAACCUGCCCAGCAGCUGCUCUACUCAGACGGCAUUCCUCCCGGGGCGGGGUGUCCCUAACCACCACAUUCUAGCUAAUGCUGUUGGACCUGACCCACACUGAAUGUAGUCUUUGAGUAUGAGACAAGAUUUUUUUAAAUCCUGGAGAAAAAUACAAGUGUUCUCAAGUUUCAUAAUUCUCAUUUAAGUUCU